GCAAGCCAAACCGGCGGACCGAAGCCGCAGUCGCUCACAGCUCCGUAGGCAAUCAGUCGCCGCGAUAGAGUUCCUAUAGCUACUCCAUAUCGAUCGCCUGCUAAACCUCAUUCACAAUGUUUUGCCGACACGUGAAAUAAACCGGGCCCAUUGAGAAAGUCCGUAAACAAACACUGAAACAGUCACAGUUUCUAGUUUUUAAGUUUCGCAAUUGUAUGAGUGAAAGUUUUGAACAUUUGUUGUUAUAGAACUUGUUUUAUUUUUAUUUAUAAGUUUAGUUAUAAUGAAAGACAAAAUGGCAAGCGAUGGCGCUCACGAGGCGAUGCUCGGCGAUGGUCAGAAGCCGGAGAUUAGAAGCAGCAAGCUUACGGCCAAGGAGGACGAGUACGAAGCCCUGCAGAGCUUCCUCCGCAGCAUUAGCUCGACAGCCACCCUCCCACCUUAUGUCAAAGGAGAAACAUACUCGUCAGUGCGAGGAGUUUUGAACCAGGCACUAAUAACAUGCACGGUUCUGAUCCUGGCGGCGGGGGCUGGCCACCCCAUCGGCUUCUCAGCCGUAGCUCUGCCACAGCUGCGGGUAGAAAACACCAGUAUGCAGAUAGAUGAUGAGAUGGGCUCAUGGAUCGCCAGUAUCCACUCAGCGGCAACUCCACUAGGCUCCAUGCUGUCGGGACCGAUCAUGGAAGCGAUCGGUCGGCGGCGCACGCUUCAGGUGUGCAUACUGCCGCUGAUCGUGGGCUGGAUCAUCAUCGGUACCGCCUCGCAUCAUGCCCUGCUUCUGUUGGGCAGGAUCUUCUGUGGCUUCGCGGUCGGCAUUAUGGCGGCUCCCUCGCAGGUGUAUUUAGGAGAAAUCUCCGAGCCAAGGCUCCGAGGUCUGCUCAUAGGGACUCCAUUCGUGGCGUAUUCCUUAGGGGUACUUUACGUGUACGCCCUGGGCGGGGCACUGCCGUGGAGAUCGGUAGCCUUCCUCUGCAUAGUUCUGCCGAUCCUGGCGUUCGUGGCUCUGUGCUUCUCGCCAGAGAGCCCCACGUGGCUGGCGCGCCGGGGUCGGUUCCAUGAAGCUAUGGCUGCCAUGUCAUGCUUGAGGGGUAAUUCUGACACAGCUCAACGUGAACUCCACGAACUUAUAUCAGCGCGGGAGAAAGAGAAAGCGAGGGGAGAAGAGGGUCUUCGAUUCUUCGCGACCGUCCUCAAGCCAAACGUACUCAAACCACUGCUGCUCAUCAACGCUUUCAACAUGCUGCAGAUUCUGUCUGGCAGCUACGUCGUCAUAUUCUACGCCGUGGACAUCGUCAAGGAUUCGGGUGGAGCCCUAAAACCUCAUAUGGCAGCCAACGCCAGCGCCUUAGUCCGGCUGUGUGUCACCGUGAUUGCGUGUAUACUGCUUCUAAAGAUAACACGGAGAGCACUUGUCAUGUUAUCAGGAAUCGGAGGAGCCAUAUGCACCCUCUCCCUCGCCAUUAUAUUAUCCCAAGGCCCCGGAUACGGCAUCCUCCCACCCACACUCAUUCUUGGAUAUGUUGCUUUUAACACUCUUGGAUUUUUUCUAUUGCCAGGACUUAUGAUUGGAGAACUCCUUCCCACAAAAGUUCGCGGCCUCUGCGGAGGUUACAUCUUCUGUCUUUUCAACGCCGUCCUCUUUGGGUUCACAAAACUUUAUCCCAUUAUGAAAAAUGCUAUCGGGAUGGACGGUGUCUUCGGACUUUUCGGUGCUUCGUCAACUUUAGCCACGAUCAUCUUAUUUUUAAUGCUGCCAGAAACUAAAGGAAAAUCGCUAAUUCAAAUAGAACAGUAUUACGAGAAGCCCAAUGUGCUGUGGCUAACCCGCAAAAAGUCAUCCGCUGGGAAUCAAGUGUGAGAUGAUUCCAGGUAACUAGAUGGUAAUAAUCAUUGUGUGAGCACAAGACAAGGCAUUAGCCGGCACCUUUUUGUAUAAAAAUAUAGUAAGUACUUAUUUCUUAAGUUUUCUUUUGUUUGAUUGACCAUUAUUUAAUUUUGUGAAUAAUAACGUUACAUUCAAUUGAAAUCCUUUUUGACAUACCACGUUAAUAAUAAUUUGUACUAAAACACUUGUUGAAAAUAGAAAAACGUACAAAGCUCUUUAUCCAUUACAAAUGCAUUUCUAAUUCUAUAUAAAUAUAAUUAAGUCUACUUAACCAGCUAUGGUGAAAUGUCAUACAUAUGCAUUAUAUCUAUACAGCUAAUGGUGAUAUAAGAUAGGUCGUUAUCAGAGACAAAUAAAGUAGGUAAUUUGAUUUAAGCAUUACAGUUGUAUAAAUGACAUAAAUAUAUAAACACAUAUUGCUGUGAUUUUACUAUUUGUAAAAAAUAUACUUUUUUUGGAAGAUAUACCUACCAAAAAAGAACUUAUAAAGUUUGUAACCUAAUGUAUAUGUAUUAUAUGUAAGAAUAAAAUAUGUAAGGAAGCAGUUAAUAAAAAUUACUGCACGAAAUGUAAGACAAAAUAUUUCAAACCUUAUAAAUCAUUUUCACAUUCACAUUUUCGUUAAUUUAGGUGUCGCUGUUUUGAGAUUUUAUGACCAUAUGAGUAAUAUUGUAUUUCCAAGCGAAAACAUAACUGAACUGAAACACGAGAUUAUAUUUUAUUACUUAUGUUUGCAUAAACGUCAAUAUUUCGUUACACUUUCAUUUUAAUUCAGCCAAAAACGUUAACAUGGGCUGUAAAUAUGCCGGUUUUCUAGCCCGUAGUAAUUAAUUAAUCCAAAGUUCUGUUACCAAUAACAAUCAGGUGAUGGGCCUUUACGAACGUAUAAAACGAGAUUUUAUCUGUGAUCUGUGUAGUAACUGUAUACGUACAUUUAACAAAUAAGGUGCUUCGACAAUGUACUUAAUGUAAGAUGUUAUUUUUCUAUUCACUGUAGUAGAAAUUUACAAAUGUGAUAUAAAAAUAAAAUUUGAACAUAUUUCCA